AUGCCCGAUCAGAGUACAGACUAUCGAAUCGUUGUUUUUGGUAGUGCUGGAGUUGGUAAAACAAAUUGUGUACUUCGUUUUGUCAAUGGGCAAUUUCGUGAAAAUUAUAUUCCAACAGUUGAAGAUACAUAUCGACAAGUUGUUUCUUGUAAUAAACAAAUAACAACAUUACAGAUAACUGACACUACCGGUACACAUCAAUUUCCAGCAAUGCAAAGAUUAAGUAUACAAAAGGGACAUGCCUUUAUAUUAGUUUAUUCUAUAACAAGUAAACAAACAUUUGAAGACUUAAAACCAAUAUAUAAUCAAAUACGUGAAAUAAAAGCUGAUCAACAAAAUGAAACACCUAUUUUAUUAAUGGGUUGUAAAUUAGAUGAAGCAGCAUGUCGUGAAGUAACGGAAAAUGUUGGUAAACAAUUUGCAACACUUUGGUCAUGUGCAUGGAUUGAAACAUCAGCGAAAACAAAUACAAAUAUACGUGAAGCAUUUCAAGAACUUCUGAAAUUAGAUAAGAAAAGACAAUUUAAUUUUAAUGUUGAUCAAGAUGGACAUCUAAUCGAAGAUAAUAAUAGUACAACAACAACAUCAUCUCAAUCUCCACAUGGUGGUAAACGAUCAACACCAACAAAUUCAAGUUUAUCAACAAUAGCAAAUAGUGGUAGUAGUUCAAAUAUGACUGAAACAAUAACAGCUGGUACUGCUUUAACACGACCUACCACACCUAUUCUACCUGGAAACAAAUCUAAUCGAACAUCAGUUAUGUCAACAACAAGUUCAUCAACAAUAAGUGCAAAAAAAGGUUCACGAUCUACGAUUGAACAAAUACAUUCAAAUGAAAAUCCAAGUGAAUCAAAUAAGACUUCUAGGUCUGAUCCACUAACAGAUCGAGUUUCAAGUCGAAAAUGUUUAAUCAUGUAA